AAAAUAAUGAAUUCCAUAGAUGUUGGAAUUAACAGUGAACUUGAGGAAAUGAAUGGUGAGACCACAAGACCCAGAUGCCCCGUCCAAACAGUGGGACAAUGGUUGGAAAGCAUUGGGCUACCUCAGUACGAGAACCACCUGAUGGCUAAUGGAUUUGACAAUGUACAGUUUAUGGGAAGUAAUGUUAUGGAAGAUCAGGAUUUAUUGGAAAUUGGAAUCCUUAAUUCUGGGCACAGACAAAGAAUUCUACAGGCAAUCCAGCUCCUUCCAAAGAUGAGACCCAUUGGCCAUGAUGGCUAUCAUCCCACUUCUGUUGCUGAGUGGCUGGAUUCCAUUGAACUAGGUGACUACACCAAAGCCUUUCUAAUUAAUGGCUACACAUCGAUGGACCUGUUGAAAAAAAUCUGGGAGGUUGAACUUAUUAACGUUUUAAAAAUCAAUUUGAUUGGCCACAGGAAACGUAUUUUGGCAUCUCUGGGAGACAGGCUGCACGACGAUCCACCACAGAAGCCCCCUCGGUCCAUCACCCUCAGGGAUCCCAGUGGUAAUCACACUCCUCCUCAGUUGUCUCCAUCACUUAGCCAAAGCACUUACACCACUGGUGGCUCCCUAGACGUUCCUCACAUUAUCAUGCAGGGCGAUGCAAGGAGGAGAAGAAAUGAAAACUACUUUGAUGAUAUUCCCCGAUCAAAACUGGAGAGGCAGAUGGCCCAGCAGUCGUCUGUCUGUGAGAUAUGGACGAAUCAGAACGCUGGAUUUCCUUUCUCAGCCAUCCAUCAGGUUCAUAAUACAGGAGACUGGGGACCUUCCAUUACCUUGCGACCUCCAAAUGAAGCCACAGCCUCCACUCCAGUACAGUACUGGCAACACCACCCAGAAAAGCUCAUCUUCCAAUCGUGUGAUUACAAAGCUUUUUAUUUAGGUUCUAUGCUGAUAAAAGAGCUCAGAGGGACAGAAUCAACCCAAGAUGCCUGUGCAAAAAUGAGGGCUAACUGUCAGAAGUCUACAGAGCAAAUGAAGAAGGUCCCCACUAUUAUUCUUUCAGUCUCUUAUAAAGGAGUCAAAUUCAUUGAUGCAACAAAUAAGAACAUAAUUGCCGAGCAUGAAAUUCGUAAUAUCUCCUGUGCUGCCCAGGACCCAGAAGACCUCUCAACAUUUGCUUAUAUCACAAAAGAUUUGAAGUCCAAUCACCACUACUGUCAUGUGUUUACUGCCUUCGAUGUGAAUUUAGCCUACGAAAUCAUCCUAACACUGGGACAGGCAUUUGAAGUCGCUUACCAGCUUGCACUACAAGCAAGAAAAGGGGGGCAUUCCUCUACACUUCCGGAAAGCUUUGAAAACAAACCCUCCAAACCCAUCCCCAAGCCCCGUGUCAGCAUUCGCAAAUCGGUGCAGAUCGACCCCUCUGAACAAAAGACUCUGGCCAAUCUGCCGUGGAUUGUGGAGCCAGGACAAGAAGCCAAGAGAGGAAUUAAUACCAAGUAUGAAACCACAAUUUUCUGAUACUCACCAUCCUCCUGUCCUCGCGGUGCCUUGCACGCUGAGCAGUCCCGGAGCAGGCUUCCCUUCGCGCCUCCGUUUCCACCCAGCCCAGGAGGAAGACUGCUCUGUUUGUGUGGCCUUGUCACGGGCGAAAGGCCGCUGGCCAUUCCUGGGGAUGUUCUUUCUGCACCAGUAACAGAAAGUGUGCAACCAAGACUUUCCAGCCGUAACCCCUGAGAGGCACGAGUUGAGGUUUUUUGCUGACUCUCCCGACUCCCCUCCCUACCACCACCCAAGGUAUUUCUAAUGACUCUGCCCCCAACACUGCUUUGCUGAAUUUGGGGAUAAUACCUUUAAAAAAAAAAGUACAGGGGAUCUCUAAUACUGCCUAAAAGUAUAAAAAUCUUGGAUUUUUCAGUCAGCAGUUUUAAAGGUAGAAUCAGAACAGAACUACCCCCAUAAAACACCUGUAAAAUCAUAUCACUGAGCAUCAUUUCAUGCAUAAGGACAAAAACCACCCCCAUGAUUGCCAGGAAAUCCUGUUUCCCAAUUUCUAUAUUUGUGGAUUUUAUAUGUAAUAAACCAUGUCAGAUAAAGAAAAACUUUACAUCUAUGGAUUGAUUCAAAAUUUAAGAAUGGUUCAAAACAGGAAUUUAUUAUGCACAGAAAAAUGUGUCUUGUAUUAAAUAUUUUUAUUAAAAGAAUGUUUCAUUAAUGCACUGAUAAGAAAAGUAGGUUAGUUGUGAGGGAUGUUUCUGGUUUCAUUUCAAAUGACUAAAUUUUUACUGCUACCACUGAGAGGACUGGCUUGGGUGUGGCAAAGUACUGAUGACGCUCCCCAGAGCAGGAGAUUAGGGCAAGCAGACUGGCAUCCAACCGAAAGUGCUGAUGCAGCCAUAAGCUGCAAAGAUUGUUUUUUUUUUUUUUUUUAACCUUCACAGUGUUUUAAAGAAAACGUUAAAAAAAAAAUCUAGGGCUCCUGCUGUCAAGAUUUCUGUCAUGGAAACCUUGUUUGAGAAAGGUGUUAAUAAAAUUCUAUUGCAAAAAUUUUUCUAGAAAAAAUACAAAAAAAAAAAAAAAGA